AUGUCAAAUUCGACCGCCAUCUUGAAAAGGACCCGGUCAGGAGACUGGGUAUGAUUUUGGCAAAAUGUUUAAAAUUUUCGAUUUUUUCUUUUAAAAAAGUCUUAAAAUAUAUAUGUCGAACUUAUAAUGUGAAAGAAACUACAUUAUGUCAUAUAACUUAUUGGAAACAUUUUCGAGCUUGAUAAUUUUUGUCGUACUUUUUACAAAAAAGCCAAAAAAUUCAUUGUGGAAGCCCGCACACCCGUGCUCCCACAAAACCCUAAAUUCGGGCGUGUACACAACAAAAUUUCAUAAUGGUCGGUUGUAAUUGUAAUUGUAUUGAAAUAAGAACUGUUGUUUUAUUAAUCGCUUUAUGCUUUUUGCAGUCACUUUGCCAAGAUGAAAAGCCAGCAGAUACUGCAGAAAUAAAGGAAAUAAGCAAUUCUGGUUCAGGUGAACCUGCUGUCAUUUCACAAGGUGAUGUAAUUUCUCCUAGCCUAGUGUUUGGAGAAAGUGAAAAUGGCAAAACUAGUGUACUAGCAGACAGUUUUAAAGUUUCUCUGGAGGAGAAAAGCGUGGAGAUAGAACAGCAAGAUCUUGGCAAGACGAAAGAAUUGAACGACGGUGCCGAAAAAGAGGAUGGUGGAAAAGCGGAUCAUGAAAAAGCAAAAGUGAACGAACAAGAUAAACAGGAUGAGAAAGAUGAUGGGAAAAAGGAAGAAGAGGAGAAAGGAAUAGAUUUAAAAGUUCUUAAUGAUAAUGAUUUUGAACAUCUGACUCAAGCUGCUACUGGUGCUACAACUGGAGAUUGGCUUGUCUUAUUGUGAGUAUUGGGAGAUUGAAAAUACUGUGCUGAGUGGUUAUAUUACUACCUUAAAAAACAAUCAGAAAAUUAACAUUUCGAGCGAAGGCCCUUCGUAUUUAAUACAAUAAUAUAAUGCAAUAGUUACAGCUCAAACGGUCAAACCGACUAACCGAGACUGCUUUUAUAUUUUCAAACUUACCGAAAUAUGAAACCAAUCACCAGCGGGUUAUUUUGACUAAACUUUGAUUGGUUUGGCUUAGUUUGAUAACAUUAAAACUAUAUGUAAAAGUGGCCUUGGUUUGCCUGUUCGAGCUGUAAAGUCAAGCAUUGCACAAUCACGAGAAUGAGGCUCUAUAGCCAAGUUGACAUACUUAUUUUCCUUAUCAUUGAGAAACUGCUGCAGGCAUGGUGACAAUAUACCUUGCUGUAGAGUACAUCCAGGGACCACGGAGCCAUUUUUGGAUUAGGGGGGCUAUAGCGAACGCUGAAGGCGUGAGUUUGUUAGGGGGGUCUGGGGCAUGCUGCCCCAGGAAAUUUUGAAAUCUGAGAGCCCGGAAAUGCAAUCAAAUUUACUAGUUGCUGUUAAAAAUUUUCUUAAUAGAUGACUCUUAAUCUAAUAUUAGCCGUCAUUUGUUUAAUCCAACCAGAAAAUUAGAUUGAAUACUUGGCUAUAUAAGUUAUAAAUAUAUUUUUAUAAUUUUUUUUUUGAAUAGCUUAUUAUAAACAAAAGAGUUUAUUAUAAUUCUUAUCUUGGAGAAAUUUGUGGCAACAGUUGGGAGUGCAUUGCUGCUUUAGGAGUGAACGCCCACCCGUCACUUCCUUUACCUUUGCCUACAUUUUUCAUCUGGCCAUCUUAAGAAUUCGAAUAAAGAUGGACAAAGUAACAUGUAUGUAUUUCAUGCUUUUUAGCACAAAGGAGGAUGGUUGUGAUGAAUGCACUGCAGCAGAGAAAGAAAUGAAGAUUGUUUAUGAAAGGUUACUUCCUCCUUCCUACGAUGGCCUGAAAAAUAUUCUUUGAUAAGUUAGUCCUUAGAUAUUCAUUCUUCAAUUUUUAGAGUUAAACAUAAACUGAAUGUAGCGAAAGUGGUGGAUGGUCGUUUAUCGAAAAGUAAGACUUCAUCAGAUUUAUUAAUCAGAUGCAUUUUUGUGAAAUGUCAUUUUAAUUGACAAUUAUCAAAAACAACUAAUUUCCUGUUUUUGAUGUUAUAAUUGUUAUUCUGAGUGUAUAUGAUCCACACCGGGCAGGCUGAAAAGUUUGCCUGACAGAGCCGUUGGACUAGUAUCCCAAAGGUCAUGGGUUCUAUUCCCACUGUGGCCUUUGGGAUACUAGUCCAACUGCUCUGUCAGGCUAACUUUUCAGACUGCCCGGUGUGGAUAUACACUCAGAGUAACAUCAAAAACAUUAUAUUCACCUGAGUGCAUAACAUCAAAACACACACAAAAAACUAAUUUCCUUCUAUUUGCAGUGACCUUUAAGAGAUUCAAUAUUGAGAAGAAAUUGCCAAUUAUAUCUCUGUAAGUAUAUGUCUUCAAUACAGUAAUAAUACGUCUGACUGUAUGAUUAUAGCUAUAGUGGGUCAUUCCAGAAAAGAUCACUCCCACGGAGGAAAUUUCUGCUGUCUGGACAGGGAGGGAAGAAAAAUUUGUUUCUGAUAAUAACUGUAUUAGGACGUCCGAAGGGGGGAGGAGGGGGUUAACUGCCAAUUUUUUCUGUGACAGCUCGGUUAAUGAAUGUUUUCUCGAAUGACCCAAUUAUUAUUAUUAAUGUUUUCUCCCAAUUUGUAGAUUUCAUCAUGGCAAGAGGUUUUCAUACGAAAACAAUUUAAACGUGGAUGACUUCAUGAAAUUUCUCGAAGGAGGUUAUGAGUUGGCUUCAUGGUCAUCCGUCCGGGAUCCUUUUACGUCAUUGUAAGAAUUAUACCUUAAUGAGUCCUUUUACGUCAUUGUAAGAAUUAUACCUUGAUGAGCGGCCAUUUUAACGUCUUGUUGCAUAUAUUUAAGAUUGUGGUUAUGGCUGCCAGUGGCGUAACGUUAUAUCAGGCCCCCCCCUGUUUCAAACUUUUCCAAGGCACCUCUCCCCUAGUAGAAGUGCCAAAGGCACAAGUCGAGCGCCGUAUAUGCACAAGUUUUCUAGUGGGUCCAGGUGGUCCAGGGAAUGCUCAUCCGGAAAAUUUUUGAAUCUAGACUCUCUGAAAUGCCAUUUCCCGGACUUUGGGGAGAGAUUUUACAGAAUUCUGAUGGUCAGAAAACGGUAUUCUUGCUCCGAGCCUGGGUAGUUAUGCCACUGAUGGCUGCUCAUUAUAAUUGUAUUUUUACAUUUUCAGUGAAUACUAUAUAGAUGGAUCCCUUGAAGAACUAAAGGUUAGAAACACAAUUGUGGAGUAUGCAGUUUUUAUUAUUACUUUUUGCCUUGCAGACGUGCAAUGAGCUUUUCUCACAGCAUUUUUCGCCAUUUUUCACCAAAAAUCUUUCCGCCAUUUUUGGGGUACUGCAUCUCCCACGUUUGAGAGUCUCCGCACCACAAAAUACAACUUUUUAGUGUUGUAGUUGUUUGUAUAAUGGUAAAUGUACAGUUACAACUUUUAAAAGUCACUUUUCACAUUGUUUGAAUUGUCUAGAAUCUUUAAUGAGGGCAGACAGUACCCCAAAAAUGACGGAUUUUGGCCUUUGUGAGAAAGGUUAAUUAAACACAUUAGUACAGUUAAGAACAUCCUCAUCUAUAGGGGACUUUCAAUGGAUUAUAAAUUCUUCCUGUUUAAACAUGACUUUUUCUUUUUUCAGGAAAUGUUUCUGUACAGAAAGAAUGCGUCGUUCCUCAUCUUUUUUGGUGGCUUUAUAUGUGGUAUAUCCGUGACAUCCCUGUGUGGUUCAAUCAUCUUUCACCUCUUGGAAAAUUUCAAAGAUGAAGAUGAAGUAUGCGAAGAAGAAGCCAGUCGAGAUCAGGCUGACGGCAAGAACAAGGAUGAUUAA